AGUGGAGGCUUGAUUAAAAAAUUAACAACUUAAUCGAUGGGCCAAUACUAGGAUUCUUCCUAUGAAACAAACCUUACCGUAUAAUGAUAUGACCAUCUUGACCAAAACGUCAAACCAAAACUUAAUCGAGGAACGUUUUUAAUGUUUUCGGCUUCAUACAAUGAUAUGAACAUCUUCACCAACACCUUUACCUCGGUUUGACGUUCUUCAAAUCCUCUUCAUUCAUUUAUCCAUCGCCUUACCGUAUACUGAUAUCUCUCUAUGCUUGUGUUGAAUGUAUAUUUCAGGUUGUUCUAUGGGGAAUAUGUGUUUCAAGACUUUGUAGAUUUAAUUCGAGGUCAUACUUACGUAUUUUUCCAUUACGACUACUAUAAUGGUAUGCUUUUCUAACUCAAUCUUUAUUGGAAUUAAUGCUCAUUCCUUAGUACUGUCUGUUUAUGUGCUUGCAUAUCUUUCUAAUUUUGUUACUCUAAUCUAUAGAUCCUGAUGGCAUAUUUCUCGAAGCAACAGGUGGACUUAUUUUGGCAAGAGUUUUGUUCAGGCUAUCCAUCUUGAUUGUAGUUAUUAUGUACAAGUUUCGCAGAAGACAUUUGUCUGCAGAUGAUACAAUUGAAGAGUUCCUUCAAAAGCAGAACAACUUCAUACCUAUUAAGUACUCAUAUUCUGAAAUAAAAAAAAUGACUAGAGGUUUCAAGGACAAAUUAGGUGAAGGAGGUUAUGGUUUGGUUUUUAAAGGAAAGCUUCAAAGUGGCAAUUUAGUGGCAGUAAAAUUAUUGAGCAAAUCAAAAGCUAAUGGCCAAGAUUUCAUCAAUGAAGUUGCUACCAUUGGAAGGGUUCAUCAUGUUAAUGUGGUGCGACUGAUCGGAUUUUGCGUGGAGGGAUCUAAACGAGCUCUUGUGUAUGAUUUCAUGCCAAAUGGAUCCUUGGAUAAAAUCAUAUUUUCUGGUGAAAACAACACAUUUUUAACCUAUCAAAGAAUGUUUGAAAUUGCCCUUGGAGUGGCUAGGGGGAUUGAAUACUUACAUCGAGGAUGUGAAAUGCAGAUUCUACAUUUUGAUAUCAAGCCACACAACAUCCUUUUGGAUGAGAAUUUUAAUCCAAAAGUUUCAGAUUUUGGCCUUGCAAAAUUGUAUCCGACAGAUGACAGUAUUGUAUCUCUUACUGUAGCAAGAGGUACUCUAGGAUACAUGGCUCCAGAAUUAUUCUACAAGAAUAUUGGAGGCAUCUCAUACAAAGCUGACGUCUAUAGCUUUGGAUUGUUGUUGAUGGAAAUGGUGGGAAGGAGAAGGAACUUAAAUGCAUUUGCUGAUCAUACAAGUCAGAUAUACUUCCCAAAAUGGAUUUCUGAACGUUUUGAUCAGGGAGAGGAUAUAGAGUUGGGAGAUGUUACUGAUGUUGAAAAGAAUGUUCUGAUGAAGAUGGCCAUAGUUGCCUUGUGGUGCAUACAAAUGAAACCUGACAUUCGUCCUUCCAUGACCAAAGUCUUGGAGAUGCUUGAAAGUGAAAUGGAGCUCCUUGAAAUGCCUCCCAAGCCUACUUUUGUUCCUUCCGAAUCGCCAGCUCCAGAUCAUGGUGGUAUAAGUCUAGCAACUACGCCAACUAUGUCCCUUGAUGCUAGAUCAUAAUAGUCUACUCCAAAUGCAUUUCUAGGUAGAUGCGCAUUCACAGCUAGUUGCAUUGAAUAUUGUGUCAUGAUCCAGUAUUGUUGCUUUGGUAGAUUACCUACUCAAUUUUCUUCCUGUAAAAUAUAUCAAAUUCCUCGUGCCAUUUUUCUAUCUGUGAAUUGCAAACUAUUAUUUGAAUCAAUCUAAUCGUUGCCA